UACCCGAGCAGUUGCCAUCGCCUUUGCUGUGAUUCUGGGGGUCCUACUUCUGAUCGCACUCGUCGCCUUGCUCAUCUACUGCUGGUUGAAGAGAAGCAAGCGCGGCAAGAACAGAACGGACUGGCGACACAAAGACACCACUUUAACAGAAAUGUCCUCAAACAAGAACAAAAACAAAAACAUGAGGAAUGGAUACCCAGCCGCGUUCUUUGGCCCAAUCGUGAAAGUCAACAGACUUAUCCAAACAGGAGACCCCGAAGUGGAGCCCAAAGAUAAAAUACUUUGGGGCCGUAUCAACCGCUGGUCCUCAGAUCCGUCUGCCAGAUCCGGCCCCCCAAGACGGACCUGGGACCGCUCAGUCCGGCCGAUGGACAACUUUUCGCAGACGACAGAUGAUGAUAUGUAUCGAUACAAGCAAAUUGCCCUGGCCAACAAAAUCGAGUCUAUUUCGCAGACAGAAUCAUCAUCCCAAUCUCCUUUCCAAAGCGACAUCAUUGAAUUUCAAGAAAAGGCGAUUCAAACUCCAGCUUCCAACGUGAAUAACAACGACUACAGCAAAACGGUUAAGGAUAAGAACAAGCAAUACCUCGCGACGUGGACGCCCAGGGCUCCAUGGAGACCAAGCGCACAACAUAAGAGUCUUACGAAAACCAAACCAUUAAAUCCAAACGCUUCGAAUAACGGCCCGAUAGAAAUGGAACCAUUCUAUGCAGUUCAUAGAUGCCCUCCAGAGUCUGGCCAUACAGAACAAUCUGGCUUACAAACGUCGGUCCAUAACAGAUCAAGUGAGAUGGAUUAUAGCAGUUAA